GCCGGUUGCGGCGGCACCUCGGUCUUUUGUCGGGCGCUCUGCACCACCUCGCAUCGGGCAAAGUGGAAGAGAACGGUGGAGAAGCCGGUCGAGAGGCGAGACGCCCGCCUCCUCCAUCCCUGCUGCAGUCCAGGCGGGCAGGGCACGGAUGUUUGGCACGGAGUGCGAAUUCUGACACCUCCUCCUCCUUCCACCCUGUGGUUGACCCCCCUCCCCUUUUACCUAAUGCACGCUGGCCGGACUCGUCGCUGUUGAUGUGCUGGGGGUGGAGCAGCCGACUCCGGCUACCUCAGCGCUGCUGCUGGCAGCGGCCCGGGGAGAGGCCAGGCUGCUGAACCCAGGUCCUUGGUUGGGUGCUUUUGCAGGGUGCUUUUGUCGCCGCUCACGACGAUGCUCGGAAGAGCAAAAAGUGCCGCCCAGCUUCUUAGGGGGAGAAAGCAUUAACGAAGCUCGUCACUGGGGGCGACUUGAGCAGACGACAAGCGGGAACCUUGGGGAGCAUCUAGGGCACCCCCGAGAAUGGGGGCAACGACAGGGCAGUAGCGGCAGAAGGAUCCGCAGCUCUCCCUACUCUCCAUCUUGGCUUUUUGAUGUUGUUAUAUGCCUUCAAGUCGAUUAUGACUUACAGCGACCCUAUGAAUCAGCGACCUCCAAGAGCAUCUGUCAUGAACCACCCUGUUCAGAUCUUGGAAGCGUGAGAAGCUGUGGCAACGUUGGAUGCUGAGCUGGGCCACCUCACAUCAGUGAUGGCUUCCGUGAGGCUUUUCCUUGCCUGGAGCCUGCUCCUGCCUGCGUUGGACCAAGCCUUCCACCUCCCCACCCUUGGCAGCCCCUCCUGGGACCUUCAAUCGAGUUCUACCCCAGGGCUGCCUCUGCUGAAUGCCCCCUCCCAAGAGCGUCUCCCAAAUGAAUCACCAGCCCCUUCAGAUCCCUUUGCCCGUGACAUCUCCAGUGGUGAUGGAGAGCCGAGCAGUGAAAACUGGGUUAGGGCCAAUCCCACGAUCCAUCCUGGGAUUCCAAUACCCCUGAUGCCCUUUGAUGUUCCUCCAGUGACCCACUCUGGCUCGGGGACACCCACUAGUGAUUCUGGAGGAAGCUUAACUCCCCACCUGUACACUGUACAGGGGCUGCCUCAGUCAGGUGACUUCACAGUGGGCUCUUCUGGCAUCCAAACAGAACCUGAGGUUACUGGUCAUGUAACUUUGGCUUUAAGUGCGGAGCAGGGAAAUAACAGGGCCUCUCUUUCAGUGCCUGCCAUGGAGACUGUAAGCAUAAUGGCCUCUGGGACAGCCUCUCUCCCAGCCUCAUCCAACACAAAGGCCUCAGACGUAACUGCCUCCCAGGAGAAGACUGUUCACAGCCACCUCCAAGCAGUACUCGGAAAUAUCUCCACAACAGCCACGCUAAGCCCCAGGCCCAUUGUGUCCACCAUCCCUUUGGUGAUGUUACCUGUUGACAGGUCCCAUGUCAAGUGGAUGGCAACUGAGGGCCCUGGAUUGGGGGGUGAUAAUUCCAUGGGGCAACUGGCAAGCAGGGUUCCAGAGCAGGAGCUACUAGGCAGGAAUCAGACUACAGUCAAAUAUAUGGCUUCAUACAGGAGCACACAGGUCUAUGGUGGCCCACAGGGCCGGGAGGAACUCUCAACCUCUCCUUUUAGACUCACUCAGGCAGCUGGAGACACUCAGAGUCCACUUGGGCCAUGGAGGGACACUGUGCACAUGGCUUCCACCUCCCAGGCAUCCCAGUUAACCAGUACAGCUAUUCUGCUGGAUAGGAGGGGUCAUAGGCUUGCCCCUGUCUCAGCGAGGUCCCCUCCAACAGCCUCAGAGGAGCUCUUCCCAAGCCCUUCCACCCCUUCACCAGUAGGGGGCAUGACAGGGACCCCCGAAGGGCCAGUUCCACGUCAAAGAAGCACCCACUGGGGUCUGAUUGUUGAUACAACACAGCAGCCAGGACGUUGGAACAUGGCCAGGACAGAAAAGACUCGCUCCCUUGGCAGCUCGGCCACCCCAGGAAUUGGGGAAGCGGUUGAUGUUGACCCCCAACGAGUCCGAGGAGCCGUGAUUCCUAGGGUCCCUGUCACUUAUGUUGGCUCCUCUACUCCUGGUCAGGGUACCUCUGUGGUAAGGAAUGGUCCAGGAACCAAGCAGCCAGAUGCAGCUCGGACCCGUCCUCCUGGGCAGAGUGGCACCACCACUUCCACCCACCUUCUGGCUACUCCUCGUCGUGGCCUGAUCCGAGUCACCACGCAAAGAGUCCUGCAGCACCCCCAGCUGGCCCACCCUGAGUCCAGCCUGCCCGCCCUGCUCCCUGCCUCCAGCCCACCCUGCCCACGCCCCGGCAGCACCUGCAGCCAGUUGCUGCCUAACCAGACCUUACUGCUCUGGGGGGACCUUGAGCGCACGCUGAGCUUUGCCUGGGCACUCCACGUCUACGGCUCCGGUAUGCUCUUUUUGCUUCUGAGCCUGCUGAGCUUGGCCUGCCUGGGGGGCUCCCUUGCCUUGCGAGUGCCACACCUCCCUUAUGUCGUGGCCACCACUGCCCUGCUGCUGGCAUUUGGGCUGCUGCGGGCCACCUUCUUCCUGGCCGAUCCGUAUGGGGCACGAGGCCGGCUCUCUGCCCAUGCUGUGCGGGUGCUGUACACAGCACCCUUCCCCCUGCUGCUCACCACCUUUGCAGUGUUCCUGCUCCGCCUCUUCCAUCAGGCCCGCCUACAGGUUUUGCCCCCAAAGUGGCGGAGCCUGCCUCUUUGGGUCGUGCUGGGGUCCAUCCAGAGCGCCGCCCUCUUGGGGGCUGACUGGUUCUCCCCUCCUCUGCACUCUGCCGUGCCAGUGGGGCUGCACAUGCUUUCCUGCGCCAUUGGUAUGUCCCUCCUGCCAUCCAUGGUGUUUGUAUACUGGCAGCUACGGCGCAGCGUGGCAGCGGCCGAGGACGCCCCAGAGCCAGGCGUGUGGAGUGGGGCAUGGUUGCUGCUGGCAAGCAGUGGGCUGGUGCUGCCCUGCUGUGGACUCCAGUUCUAUGGAGUGCUGUGGCUCACAGGACUGCUAGGCCAGCUGGACAAGUUUACUUGGGGCUGGUGGUUUGUGCAGUUUUGGUUCCGGAUUGUCGAGCUGGUGCUCUCAUUCACCCUGGUCUCCCUAGCUUGGCAGGCCCUUUGCCAGCGUUACGGGUCUCCCGAACACUCCUGCUGGGCCAAGCUCAUGCGCUACUUCUGCACCUACCGCAAGGCCGAGGUGCCAGAAUAUCCCAACAACUGUUACGAUUGGAGUGGUGGCCUCCUAGAGAAAGUCCCCAAUAAUGACAUCAGUAAGAACCUGAUCCGAAACCCCCCUGGCAGUGGGCGGCUCUGGGUGCUCAAGGAUAGCAACGAGUUGCGGGUAGCAGCCGGCCAAGGUUCCAGCCCAUCGCCGGUGCACCCUGUCUAUAGCCCCAAGUGUCCCAAUGCAGCAGCAGUCACCGCCAUGGGCCGCUCCUAUACCAGCAUCUGCUUUGAGCGGGAUUCAGUGCUCUCCCUGGCUGAGCUGGAGUUCCGGCCCCCGUCGCCCAUCAACCUGAGCCGUAGCAUCGAUGAGGCUCUCUUCCGCGAGCACUUGGUGCGUGACUCCAUUUUCCUGCGCUCCAGCCUGCACUUCCCUUCCCGCUUGGCCCACCAAGACUCUUGCUCUUCGCUGCGUGGCGACUGCUCUAUGCUCUCCCACACUGCUCAGCCCUUGCUGGCCCAGCCACGCCGCAACAGCGACCCCGACUGCCUGUACAGCUUAGCCCGGGCCAGCUCCAUGGGUGACCUCACCACACAGAGCCGGGGCCUGGCCAGCGAGCCGCCGACAGACACUUCCUUCGACAGCUUCUCCCGCACCUCCUUUUCCCGGGCCUCUCUCAAGAUCAGUUGGAACCCCUGGCGCCAUGGCCUGUCCUCGCCGGAGAGCCUGCCCCCAGAGGAGCUGCCCAGCCAGGCCCAGCUACUGCCUGAUGAACUGCCCGCAGCCCCAUCCAGCAGCGCUCCAAACUCCGAGGGUGAGGCCCGGAAGAGUUUCUUGGCCCUCAGCAAGCAGGUGGAUUCCCGCAGCCUCUCAAGCGACACUAUUGAACUGUGAGACCGGGUGGUGGUUCCACCUACCUGCACUCCCGAAGGCAGCAGCCUGGUUGUCAGCCGAGGGGAAAGACUGUGGAGCUGACUUGUUGCAAAGCCAGGGCCAGGAAGACUUCAGUUGCCUUUUAAAACGUCAUGGGACUUCUUGUGCCCCAGCUUGGCCUACUACAAGCCAUUCACAUAAUGGCCCCAACUACAGUGCUGGGCUCCUCCUCCAGCGUCAACCACAUAAUAACUAGUACCAGCCAUCCACUCUGUGUCAGUCACACACCUGGCACAAGCCAGUCACCUGUGCUCAUUAUGUUCUGUAGUGCCAGCCACACCCAAGCGCCCACUCCCGAUUUUCUGAACUCACCUCUGCUUUCCACAUGUGGUUUACGGGACCAAGAGGCAGGCAGAUAUCUGGAAAUUUUCUAGUCACAGCAAAGAUGCUGUGUGGGGAGAGGGAUGGGGCGGGGGCAUCACCAUUCUCACAGGCAGCUGGAAUGGCACUUUCUUCAGUCAAGCCUCCAGUGCAAACAGGGCCAACCUGCAGUUACUGUUUGUGGCAGUGUCCCCCAUUGUGCCAUAGAAAGAUGCCCUUGAAGACGAGGCUGGGAAGGAGCAGUGUAGGGCUUACCAGGGACUACUAUUGUGAUGGGCCCCCAAGUGUAGCAGCAAUCCUGCAACAGGAACAAUGCAGUAGCCUGUAGUUCACUGGUAGAAUAUAUGCUUUGCAUGCAGACAAUCCCAAAUUUAUUCUCCAGCAUCUCCCACUUAAAGGGAUCUUGGGGAAGAAGACUGGGAAAGGAUUUCUGCCGGAAAGAGACCAUCUAAAAGCAAUACCAGUCAGAGUAGAUACUACUGGACUCAAUGGAGCAAUAGCCUGAAUCAGUAUAUGCUUCAUAGUGAAUCUGUGAAUCGUUUGCAGAGUUGAAGUUUCUGGCUGAACACCCAUAGCCCAAACUGUGGUGACGCAUUCAGAUUGUGGUAAACUUAGUCCAAACCUAUACAUGUGUACUCAGAAAUAACAUCCUCCCCCCAUUGAGUUUCAUGAGACUUACUCCCAGGUAAGUAUAGGACUGCAGUCUUAACCCUAACUUUUCUAAAAGAGAGAAUAAGUUAUUAUUAUUUAUUAAAUUUAUAUCCCACCCUUUCUCCCAGUAGGAGCCCAGGGUGGCAAACAAAAACACUAAAACACUCUAAAACAUCAUAAAAACAUACAUUAAAAUAUAUUAAAGCAAAACAUCUUUAAAAACAUCUUUAAAAAGCUUUAAAAACAUCUUAAAAAGCAAUUCCAACCCAGACGCAGACUGGGAUAAGGUCUCUACUUAAAAGGCUUGUUGAAAGAGGAAGGUUUCUAGAUCUCAUGACUGCAGUGGAAAAUGUGAAUCCAUGCAGCUAGUUUCUCCUCAGUUAUCAAAACUAGAAGUGAACACACACUCUCCUGCGAGACACAUGACUGGGUUACGCUUCAAGAUACUAGAAUUUGAGGCUUGCUUUUUCUUUUUUCUUUUUAGCUUUUCAAAGCUCCUUAUCUUCUUUCAUGGCCCUCUGACCAUGCAUCAUCUAGAAUAUAUGCAAUCAUGUUCCCUGCUCCUUGUGUCUUUUUUUUUUAAAUCAAAAUCCUAAAUUUGCCAGGAUUCAGUUGAAACUGGGUCUAUUAUUGGGGGGAGGGGGAGGAUGCAAGUUGCAGUUGCAAAAUGGAGUUCAAAUUAAAGUGAGAAUGCUGUUUUGUCAGAUUAGAUCGCCUUCUAAUAGCACAAAUUGUACUUGCCUGGUAACUUACCUCUCCCUUGCCAGUGGUACAGGGAAUGAAAGGAUCAGACUGUCUAGAUUUCAGGUUGGACAGGAGCACUGUUGAAUGUU